GGCACACACGCCAACAGCGGCUGAACCGUGCGCAGGUCCCGGAAGACCGCGCACCUGCGCCGGGGAGCUGAGCACCUUCAGCCGGGGCAGGGCCUAGCCCGGUCGGAGCUUCCACCGCCUCAGAGCAGCGCCGGCGGGGCGGAGGAGAGCGGACGAGACGGAGCUCACCGCGCCGGCGGUACCCCGGGGCGGCCCGGCCCGGCCCCCCGUCCCCAGCGCCCGCGGAGCGGGGCCGCGCCGGGCCAUGGCGGAGCGGGGCUGCCCCCGUGCCGCGCAGGGGGGACGCGCCGGGGCGGGCAGGCGCGCCGUACCCGCACCAGAGGCAGAGGGGCCGCGGGGAAGCCGCACCGUGCCGGGGUCGCUGGAGCGCCGCCGCUGCCUGUACCUGCGCACGGGCCGGGCCUGCUGCCAGAUGGUGGAGGUCCUGCUCGCCGCCCUGAUCCUGGUCUGCAGCUCCGUGUCCUGUGGCUCGGCGGGAGGAUACACCGGCCUCCCCGCCCUGGGGGGCAUCUACUACUACCACUACGGCGGGGCCUACAGCGGCUUCAGCGGAGCGGAUGGGGAGCGAGCCCAGCAGCUUGACCAGCGGUUCUACCUACUGAAGCUGCCCAUUGCGAGGGCCGCGAUGGUCGUGGCAGGAUGUCUCCUGGUCUUCCCUUGUGUUCUAAUUUUGGUUGGUGUUCUGCAGGUCCCGUGGCACUUCCCACCAUGGCUGCUAAUUGAAUGCAUCUUGUACGUAGUGAUUGCAGUUGGCACAGUGCCUGCUCUGUACUAUUUCCUCCAUUCUCUGCUGAGCGUUUAUAAUUCAUCAGUGUGCAAAGAGAGAGAGAAGCUUUAUCAAAGCAAAGGCUAUCAGGGCUUCUGGUGCAGCUUGCAUGGGGCAGAGAUUGCUGCUGGUCUAUUGGGCUGCAUGGCUGCCAUGGCAUACCUGCUCAGUGCAGGCCUAGCUGUCAGAGAUUAUAGGACAGUUCAUGAACAGAAACAGAAGCCACUGCAAUUAUAAAAACUUUCAAAUGAUUCCUCCACUCCAGUAAUGGUCUUGAUUUUUGCCAGUCUCCUUUCUGAGAUGAAGCAGUAUGCUUUCCUUUCUUCUGGACACUACAGCCUUAAUGCUACAGAACAUCCACCAAGCUGGCAUAGUUCUAAAUAUGGUAGAGUCAGGUUAUUCCUAGCUUGAAUUUGCACUAUUGAGUUAUUAGUGGCUCAAAGCUGAUGCAGUGGAUUGUCUCUGCUUCACAGGCAGCCCUUCCAUCCCACUCUCAGGUGGCCCCUUCAGUAGUGAGGCCUUGCUACCAGUACUGCCGCUACAUGCUUCUGUCAAUUAACAGCUUUUUGUAGCUGAAACUGUCUACAAAAGGCAUGUGACUUUGCUGAGAAAAGAGCUCUUAAAAACAAGUGACUGAGGCCCAUGAUUGUGACAAUUAAAUAUUGCUUCCUUCUAGGUCUCUUGGAAUUAACAGACCAGUGUGAACAUGACAUUUAUAAGGUCAUGAAAAAAUCCUGAAAAAAACUCUCAAACUCAGUCUAACUUGUGAUACAAUGCCUUUUCAAAUUCCUGGAGAGGGUGCAUUUAUGUAUAAAAUGGUCUUUUUAUAUAACUUGUAUAUAAGAGUUUUGCUUAAAAAAAUGCCCUAGAUUGAGAUAAUCAGACAAAAGCUUUAUGAGGUCAAAUGGGUGAUUGAAUAUAAAGUAUAUUGUU